GGGGGAGCGAGCCUCCGAGGCGGCAGGGGACCGGAGUGAGAGCGGGAGCGACGCGGAGCAGCCUGCGCCGCUGCCUCCUGGGCGCCCCGAAAGUGAGCAUGGCCUCAGUCGCCCCAGCCUUCCUCAGGGUGCUGCUGCUGCUUCUCCCCGCGCAGAGUUGGAGCCCGGUAGUAGCAGGAAAUCCACGUGACUGUGAUGCCCCGCUGGUGUCCGCGUUGCCUCCCUCGUCUUUCGGCAGCUCCUCGGAGCUGUCCAGCAGCCACGGCCCUGGGUUUGCAAGGCUGAAUCGAAGAGAUGGAGCUGGUGGCUGGACCCCACUUGUGUCAAAUAAAUACCAAUGGCUGCAAAUUGACCUUGGAGAGAGGAUGGAGGUCACUGCUGUGGCCACUCAAGGUGGAUAUGGGAGCUCUGACUGGGUGACCAGCUACCUGCUGAUGUUCAGUGACAGCGGGAGGAACUGGAAGCAGUAUCGACAAGAAGAAAGCAUCUGGGGAUUUCCGGGAAACACAAAUGCAGACAGCGUGGUGCACUGUAGACUCCAGCCUCCCAUCGAAGCCAGGUUCCUGCGCUUCCUCCCUGUAGCCUGGAACCCCAAGGGCAGAAUUGGGAUGCGGACGGAAGUGUUCGGGUGUGCAUACAGAUCUGAGGUGGCUUAUUUUGAUGGACAAAGUGCUCUGUUGUACAGAUUUGAUAAAAAAUCCAUAAAGCCCAUAAGGGAUGUUAUUUCUUUGAAAUUUAAAACCAUGCAAAGCAGUGGAAUUCUACUCUACAGAGAAGGACAACAUGGAAAUCACAUCACUCUGGAAUUAAUGAAGGGAAAGCUUGUCUUUUUUCUUAAUUCAGGCAAUGCUGACCUGCCCCCCACUAAUGCGCACGUGAACCUCACCCUGGGCAGCCUGCUGGACGACGGGCACUGGCACUCCGUCCUCAUCGAGCGCCUCGACGCAGAGGCCAACUUCACCGUGGACAAGCACACUCAUCAUUUCCAUACACAGGGAGGAUCCAGUUACUUGGAUCUUAAUUUUGAGAUCAGCUUCGGGGGAAUUCCGACACCUGGAAGAUCACGUAAAAGCUUUCAUGGGUGUUUAGAAAAUCUUAAUUAUAAUGGAGUGGAUAUUAUUGAAUUAGCCAAGACACACAAACCCCAGAUCCGCAUUAUGGGAAACGUGUCCUUCUCAUGUCCACAGCCACAGACCGUCCCUGUGACUUUUCUGAGCUCCGGGAGUUUUCUGGCCCUGCCGGGCAACUCUGGGGACGACAAAGUGUUUGUCACUUUUCAAUUUCGAACAUGGAACAGAGCAGGACGUUUGCUUUCUGGCAUACUUCGACGUGGUGCAGAGAGUUUUGUUCUCUUUCUUCAGGACGGAAAACUGAAACUGAGUCUCUUCCAGCUGGGACAGUCAUCGAGGAACGUCACGGCAGGUGCUGGCUUAAACGAUGGGCAGUGGCAUUCUGUGUCCUUAUCUGCUAAGUGGAGCCAUGUGAGUGUGGCAGUGGAUGAUGACACAGCUAUUCAGUCCCUGGUGGCUGUGCUGAUCGAUUCAGGUGACACCUAUUAUUUUGGAGGCUGUCCGGACAACAGCUCUGGCUCCGGAUGUAAAGGUCCCCUGCAGGGGUUCCAGGGCUGCCUGAGGCGCAUCUCCAUUGGGGACACAGUGGUGGAUCCCAUCUCUGUACAGCAGGGGGCGCUGGGGCGUUUCAGUGAUCUCCAGAUAGACUCUUGUGGCAUCACAGACAGGUGCUUGCCCAGCUACUGCGAGCAUGGGGGCGAAUGUUCCCAGUCGUGGGACUCCUUCUCCUGUGACUGUCUGGGCACAGGCUACACAGGCGAGACCUGCCAUUCCUCUCUCUACCAGCAGUCCUGCGAAGCUUACAAGCACAAAGGGAACCCUUCUGGGCUUUACUACAUUGACGCAGAUGGAAGUGGCCCCCUGGGACCAUUUCUUGUGUACUGCAAUAUGACAGCGGACGCGGCGUGGACGGUGGUGCGGCACAGCGGCCCGGACGCGGUGGCGGUGCGAGGCGCGGCCCGAGGGCGCCCGCGCUCUGCGGCCUCCUUCGCGUACGCGGCGGGCGCGGGGCAGCUGCGGCCGCCUGGGCCCGGCCGAGCGCUGCGAGCAGCGGCUGGCUCUGCGCUGCGGGACGCCGCGGCUCCCGACGCGCCAGAUGGAACCCCCCUGAGCUGGUGGGUUGGAAGAACCAAUGAAACACACACUUACUGGGGAGGUUCUCUGCCUGGUGCUCAAAAGUGUACUUGUGGAUUAGAAGGGAACUGCAUUGAUUCUCAGUAUUACUGCAACUGUGAUGCUGGCCGGAAUGAAUGGACCAGUGACACAGUAGUCCUUUCCCAAAAGGAGCACCUGCCGGUCACCCAGGUUGUGAUGGCAGACACAGGCCGACCGCAUUCAGAAGCAGCUUAUACCCUGGGGCCGCUGCUCUGCCAGGGGGACAAGUCAUUUUGGAAUUCAGCUUCCUUCAACACGGAGACUUCAUACCUUCAUUUCCCUACUUUCCAUGGAGAACUUACUGCUGACGUGAGUUUCUUUUUUAAGACCACGGUUUCCUCUGGUGUGUUCAUGGAGAACCUGGGGAUCACGGACUUUAUCAGGAUUGAGCUGCGUGCUCCCACUGCUGUGACCUUUUCCUUUGAUGUGGGGAAUGGGCCUUGCGAAGUCACAGUGCAGUCACCUAUUCCCUUUAAUGACAAUCGGUGGCACCACUUGAGGGCAGAAAGGAACAUCAAAGGAGCAUCUCUUCAAGUUGACCAACUCCCUGAAAAGAUACAACCUGCCCCUGUGAAUGGGCACAUCCGUUUACAGCUCAACAGCCAGCUCUUCAUUGGGGGGACGGCCACCAGACAGAGAGGCUUUCUGGGCUGCAUGAGGUCUCUGCGAUUGAACGGGAUGGUGGUGGAUCUGGAAGAAAGAGCCACAGUGACGCCAGGGGUGGAGCCGGGGUGUGCAGGACACUGCAGCAGCUACGGACACCUGUGUCGCAAUGGAGGGAGAUGUAGAGAGAAACGCAGAGGGAUCGCUUGUGACUGUGCCUCCUCUGCCUAUGAUGGGCCAUUCUGCUCAGAUGAGAUUUCUGCAUAUUUUGAAACUGGCUCCUCAAUGACCUAUAAUUUUCAAGAACAUCCCAUCUUAAGUGAAAACUCCAGUGCCCUUGCUUCCUCAUUACAUGGGGAUGUGACUUUGACAAGAGAAAUGAUCACUCUAAGCUUCCGAACCACACGAACUCCAAGCUUAUUGCUGUAUGUGAGCUCUUUCUAUGAGGAAUACCUUUCAAUUAUCCUCGCCAACAAUGGAAGUUUUCAGAUUCGGUACAAACUAGACAGACAUCAAGAUCCUGACGCAUUUAACUUUGAUUUUAAAAACAUGGCUGAUGGGCACCUUCACCAGGUGAAGAUUAGCAGAGAGGAAGCAGUGGUCAUGGUAGAGGUUAACCAGAGUGCAAAGAAACAAGUCAUCUUGUCCUCAGGGACAGAAUUCAAUGCUGUCAAAUCCCUCACAUUGGGAAAGUUUUUAGAGCCCCCCGGCGCGGACCCGGACACGCGGCGGGCGGCGGCGCGCGGCUUCACCGGCUGCCUGUCGGCCGUGCGCUUCGGCCGCGCGGCCCUGAAGGCGGCGCUGCGGCCGGCGGCCCGCCGCGUCACGGUGCGCGGCCGCGUGGUCGCCGCGUCCCGCUGCGCGGCGGGGCCCGGCUCCCCGGCGCGGGAACUGGCCCCCCGGCUCGCGGGGGCCGCAGGCCCUUCUGGACCGGCAGGUGAGGGAGAGCCCUUGCGAACCGCAGACAGAAGCGACUCUGCCGUCAUCGGAGGUGUCAUAGCAGUUGUGAUAUUCAUUUUGCUCUGUAUCACUGCCAUAGCCGUACGAAUUUAUCAACAGAGAAAGUUACGCAAAGAAAAUGAGUCGAAAAUCUCCAAAAAUGAAGAGUGCUAAGAUGGCUCUAGCAAGUGAGUUUGAUGUCCAAAACACAGUCAGUGAGAGCAAGAGUGUGUCCUGCGAUCGGCAGCUGUGGCGAAUCUGUCACCGUGACUGCCUGACUUUCCUGCUUGCCACCAGGGCACGCGUGGUGGGCGCACUGCAGUCAGCUGGCGGUUACAGCGCUGCAGCCUCAGAGCUCUGGGACGCCCCUCCCCCUCAGCGAAACACAUUCCUCCAUGAUCAGUUUAGGGACAGUGAGUUAGGGAUGGUCAUUCAUCCCUGUCUGUCAAAGGCUCUCUUCCAAAACUGGUUUAAUUUGUGUAGGAAUUGUGGGUUUUAGGUGAGAAAAUGGCUGCAAAGCUUUGCUCCUACUUUCUUAAAAAAAUGUGACAGAACUUUUGUUCAGAUGUAAGAGUUCCACUCUGAUGUUUUUGUUACUUGGAAACUUACCUGGGAUCCCUUUUUUGGUCCUCUGCUGAUAUUUGUAAAGCAGGGAGUGCUCCUUUGUCACCUUCCCUGGCAUUUCCGUGUUCUGGAACACAGAGCCAAGGGGCCUGCCGAAACUGAGCAGCCCUGUCCCUCCCUGUCUGUGUGGUCAGUACGAUGCAGUAGAAACCUGGAAAUAUUACUGUUAUUUUUGGUGUAUUGCUUUUUCUAAUUGACUGUUUUUAAUCAUUUUGAUAAAUUUUAAUGUUGAAAUCAAUAUUGAAUGUUAGCUAUUUAAUUUUGUAAUGGAACAGAAACUCGAUAGGUAACGAAGUGCAUAAGGGAUGGCAAUACAAGAUAGUCUGCCUAUUUUUCUUUGUAAUUUGUAACUAUAGCUUUUGUAAAUUGUGAUUAUGUUUUUAACUACAUUUACAACCAGAUAUAAACACUGCUUCUUACACUGAAA